AUGAAUCCAACAUUAAAAAACCCAGUGUUCUUACCGGUUCUAACACCUUCUACUUUAUUUAAAACAAGAAAAAAUCGGACGUCUAAUCACAACUAUAAGAACGGUUUCAUCUUAUUUCGGAGCAGGAUUCACAAGCUUUUAAAAUCUUCAGGAGACUGGGGCGGUGUCUCUGCUAAAUGUUCAAAUAUAUGGCGUUCUUUACCUCAAAAUGUUAAAUCAGCAUGGUCACAAACAGCAGAAUUAAGUCAGUACCAGGAUGUGCGGAAACAAAUUGCAACGUUAGAAAAAAUUAUCCUUACCCUCUGGCAUAAAGAACACAACAACUAUAAACUACAUAUAAGCACGGUUCAGUAA